CCCGCGCACGCGCAGCACGUCUCCGGAAAAAGCCGCCCCCUCCUCCUCUCCUUCCCAACCCCGCUCGUCGCUUCGGAGGCCUCGUCGCGCGAGAGUGACGUAGGAGGCCCUGGGCCGGCCCUUACCGUAUAGGUUGUGGGAGCUUGACCCACGUGAGGUGCCGCCGCCGCCGCCUCCGGUUGCCCGCCGCCCCCUGCGCCGAGUGCGUGCCGGGCGGCUCCGUGUUGCGAGGGAAAGGAAGGGAAGGGACGGGAGAGCCGGGAGGGGAGAGGAACGGCGCCCCUUUUAUGGCCGGGAUGCGCCGAGCGACGAAGAUGUUGAUGGAACAAGACUUGCACUGCUAAUUUUGCAAAGUAAGAUCUCUUUGAACACUACGAAGAUGUGCAGAAAUUCUCUUGAUGAUGCUGAGUUGAGACCAGUGUGCAAAAUAAGAAAGUACUGUGAGCUGCACUUCGAGAUCAUAAUGCAUCAGAAACAUGAGAGAACAUAGAAGAAGUUUACAGCGAAGGAGACGGUUGCUGGCCGGUUUUCGAAAAUGGGCUGUGGGAUUUUGGGGGCUGAGGCAAUAUUGCUUCCAAAGGAAGCGUCUUUCUCUACAUAAAAGAAGGCAGCAAAGUGCUGGGACAUACGCGAGCCUGAAACGAACUAAACCAUGCAGAAGGAAGGCUCUUCAGCCCCAGAGAGAUUGUGUUCCUGAAAGGUCUCUAAAGGUAACCCCUCUUGCCCUUGUUGAAAAUCACGCCUUCCCACAAAAGAGAUUAAAAAAUGCUUCCUCUCGGCGCCAGAACGGAAGACUGCUGACAAAAGCAGAAGAGCAUCGCAGGAAGACCUGUCAGAAUGAACUGUUGAAUGAGCACGGUAACUUGGGAUUUUCCAACCCUUGUCAAAGCAGACUGUAUUGCACUGAGGCCAGUGUAAGUACUUUGCCCUUAAAAGUGAGUGGUCUUGCUCAGAACUUGGGGGAGAGCAAUAAUGCUGAAAGCCAUGAAAUUGUAAUUUUAAAUAACUCCAGGAAGAAGUGCUGCUGCCGAGGAUUAAAUAAACAUGGAACUCGCGGCCGCCUGACUACUAGGGGAAGGCCGAAAUUUAAGCAGUGUACUUUAAAAAGCAGAUCUCUAUUUAUGAUGUAUAAGAAACUUUCUAUGAUUAAGUUUCGGCUUAGAAUUGCAAAAUCUCGUCCUAAGUUUUGGAGAGGCAAAACGUGUCGGUUGAGUAAAAGCAAGCUGAGCUGGGUGGAGAAAGUCACCAGAGACCGGCAAGAGGACCGGCAUCGAGGUGCCUUCACAAGAGGUUCCAGGACCUUGGUUCCAUCUUGGAAAAGGAAAACUCACUCUCCUUGGGCUGUGCUCAGCUUAUCAGAUAUGAACAAUCACAUGCCUGGACCAUUAAUUGAAAAGAGUCAAGCCCGUCGGACUGUUCCCUGUCUUACACAGGAUGCACUGUUCCCAAGUAGAGAGCUCUGUAAUGAGGACCUUGCGUCGAGAGACCAAAAUGGGACUGGUGAAACCCGCACGCCAGAGUUGUGUGUUGGAGUUUCCAGUGGGGCAGAGGCUGUGCACAAGGAGGAGACCAGGGGGACACCCACACUGGAUGGUUGCUCUGAUGAGGUCUUCAUCUCUGUAAUGGAAAAAGAAAUCUCCAGUUCAGGUAGUGAGGAAUCUAAUCAGGCUAUGGGUGCGGACGAGGUCGUCCUGGAACCCACCAGGGUGGAUCUAAGCUCAAGUGACAGUGUUGCAAAUGGACCUGUUCUUGCAGAGCUGGUGCAGAAUGAAGACAGCCGCAGUCAGAUGGAAGUAGAAGGGCCUGUAAGCAUGGACGUCUUUGGGGCAGAGCUCUUAGAUCACCCAUACUGUAAAAGCCCUCUUGAUGAACCUCUGAGAGGAAGCACAGGACAAAAAUCAGGAACCCCAAAGAGUGGCAAGAGAAGUAGCCAUAGAGCUUCUUGCGUCAGUGAUGAGCAGUUGGCCGCGUGGCUCUGUGGAUUCCUAGAUGAAGUAAUGAAGAAAUAUGGCAGCUUAGUUCCACUCUGUGAAAAGGAUGUUAUGGGAAGAUUAAAAGAAGUCUUUAAUGAAGAUUUUUCCCAUAGAAAGCCAUUCAUCACUAAGGAAAUCAUGAAGUAUCAGACGAGGCAUCCCAAAACUUCCACUUGUAACUUCCGGGUCUUCUAUAAUAAGCACAUGCUGGAUAUGGAUGAUCUAACAACUCUGGAUGGUCAGAAUUGGCUGAAUGACCAGAUUAUCAAUAUGUAUGGUGAACUAAUAAUGGAUGCAGUACCUGACAAGGUUCAUUUCUUCAACAGCUUUUUUCACAGACAGCUGGUAACCAAAGGAUAUAACGGGGUAAAACGAUGGACUAAAAAGGUGGACCUCUUCAAAAAGACUCUCUUAUUAAUUCCUAUUCAUCUGGAAGUCCACUGGUCCCUAAUUACUGUGAAUCUCCCUAACCGAAUUAUUUCAUUUUAUGACUCUCAAGGCAUUCAUUUUAAAUUCUGUGUUGAGAAUAUACGGAAAUACUUGCUCACGGAAGCUAGAGAAAAGAAUCAUCCGGAUUUCCUUCAGGGUUGGCAGACUGCUGUUACAAAGUGCAUUCCACAACAGAAAAAUGACAGUGACUGUGGAGUUUUUGUGCUCCAGUACUGCAAGUGCCUCGCCUUAGACCAGCCUUUUCAGUUCUCCCAGGAAGACAUGCCUCGAGUGCGAAAAAGGAUUUACAAGGAGCUGUGUGAAUGCCGACUAAUGGACUAAGAAACAAGGAAAAGGGUGGGUGGGGAAGCCAUGACUUCUGGCAUUUUUUGAAGAGCCCCAGCUGGUAUUUGUGUACUUGAAUUUUCUGAAAAACUUCCGUGAAUUUCAAACAAUUUGGCAGAGCGUUGUGGCCAACAUAAUUACCUCAACCUUUUUUCUGAUGUGCUCCCUAACCGGCGUACUUGCCGCAAAAUAUUCCCAAUGUCAGUUGUUCUUUUUUUUUCUUUUCCUAAUGUUCUUUCCUGUAUUUAAUAUUUAUUAUCUUACCGCAUGCGCAUAGGCAAAGCAUGCGACUAAAAGAGAGAAGUAUAAAACUGUAGAAUUGGUGCACCUUUGAAAUGUAGCUAGCAAUGAUGAGAAUAAUACAGGUUAAACUUCUUUUUUGUCUGAAAACAAAAAAUGUGCAUGAUCCAUUUUUCUGAUGCAAUAAUGCUUUGAAUGUACAAAGAAAUUCCCCCAUGCCAUAACAAGGCCAGCAAGAUCCCAUUUUUCUUUUUUUUUUUCUUUCAAAAAAAGAGGAUUAUUUCUUCUCCCCUCUCUUUUGUUCCCAGUUUCCAUUAAAUUUGAAGGACGGAUGUGAUGGAAAAUAGCCUGUAUUACAUAAGUUUGUGAUAUCAGCUGAAGUUGGUCAUUGCAGUUUCUUAAAAAGAAAACUCUUCUAUCAAAUAGCUACUAGAUCACCAUGUUCCUACGAUUCAAAAGCAAUCCCUUGUACAAGAGACUUUUUAGUGCUAAUAAAAAUAUGGAGAUGCUCGUCC